ACGUACAAGCGGCACAAGUACUACGUCAGUAACGGCACUUGGCAAUGUUGACGAUACUUCACUGGAUCCACUAUCAGCCGGUCGCCGUACGGCCAACUUCUGAUACGAAUGGGUUUCCAGUUGCUCCAACCAGUCUGCAACGGACCGUCGCUCAUGUUUGUUGUGUCUUUUCAGUUUUUCCUGGCUCAGCGAGAAUUCAGUAAACAAUUGUGCGAGCGUUACUGCUAGCGUGGUGAGACCUUUGCGAAUGCUAACAAUUCUAGAAGUUCUCGUUCCGGUGGCGGAAGUGAAGCGGAAGCGAUAGUGCGUGCAGAAAAUUCCCCAAGAUUCGGUGUACUCCCAGCAGAGAAAAGUGCCUAAAUUGCGUUGGUGACGGAAGGAGAAGAAAUCCAAUCGGGAGGAAAUUAGGGGGAAGGAUAGUGUUGAUAGUGACAUAGUGCUGCGGCCGUGGAGUGUGUCCCGGUGCCUCGUCCUUCGGUGCCCAUUCAAUCGGUUGUCAUAUUGCUCGUUGUCGGUGAAGCGCCUGGCCCCAAUUGGAUAACAAAUUGCACAUAGAAAUCGAACCGAAGUGGCGCAGCGUCGCACACUGAAGAAGGGACCUGAAAGGAGGGCAUAGCCAACAUCGCACAAGUCGCAGGGGAGCAGAGCAACCCUCAGCCUAUCUGGAGCCAUGGAAGUGUGUUGCUUGAAAAUGGCAUCACGCUGCAAGACGGCGCGGCCGGUGCUAAUCGAUGCCACAAGAAUCCCAACUGUGAGCUCAUCGCAUGACUGCGGUUCGCUGUCACGCGUUGUGAUGGUCCGGAAAACUGAUCAACGACUAAUUAACCACAAAAAGGCACAGGGUGACUCCCAAUGCGAGGUUGUUACCUUCGAAACCAUACAAACAUACAAAGGACACAAACCAGACAGAACAGUUGUGACAAGGGAACGUCGUGAUUUCACCAGUCCAGAUGUUACCAAAUCGCCUAGUAUUGUGCGUCUUAUGAGCCGCGGCAGCUCCACAUCGCCGCCAAAUGAAAGAACCCGCUUAUCAUCACACGAUGUUAGCUAUGAGUAUCGUAACGGUUUUCUGAGUAACGGCACUAGCAAAUCUGGAACACAACUGAGCUUGCGACAAAAGUCUCCGUCUCCGGGGUCAGUCAAAAAGUCUGUAUUUGGAGAAUUUGAAAUUGAAUGCCUUAAGGCUCACAAUGAGUUUCGUGUUAAACAUGGGGUGCCAACGUUGAAGCUGAAUAAAAGGUUGUGUAGGUUUGCAGAGGAAUGGGCUAAAGUGUUGGCUUCUCGUGGAAAUCCUAUACACAGGAGUAACUCGCCGUACGGGGAAAAUAUUUUUUGUGCUUGGAGCUCAGCACCUAAUGGAGCAAUUGUCGAUGGACGGGAACCUGUUGAACAUUGGUACAGUGAAGUCGACAAUCAUGCUUUCGGCAGAGAACCAACUACACUACGUACCGGCCACUUCACUCAAGUGGUUUGGAAGGAUAGUCGUGAAAUUGGUGUUGGUCAGGCCAAGAAUCGUUCUGGUCAAGUUUACGUAGUUGUAAAUUACGACCCACCCGGGAAUUUUAUUGGAAGUUUUGCAGAGAAUGUUCCACCAAUUGGUGGCUUUCCGCUAACUCCGCGUAUUGUUAUUGAUCGUGUACCUGAAUCACCUGAAUCCUCCUUGUCAUCGAGUGGUUACAGUGACGAGAUGUGUGAUUUCAUAACAAAAAUUUUGAAAUAUCACAAUGAUUAUCGUAGGAAGCAUGGAGUGUUAGAACUUAAGUUAAAUCCAGACCUCUGUCAAUUGUCUCAGGAAUGGGCUGAUAAGCUCGCAAAGGAGGAUCGUUUUGCAUACCGUCCAAAUAGUAUGUACGGCGAGAAUAUCUAUUGUUUAUGGUCAUCAGAUCGUAAUGCCAAGGCCAAUCCCAAGGAUGUGUGCCGCUCGUGGUAUGAAGAGCAUCGUGAACACAGUUACAUUGUAGAACCGAAAGGUGCCUUUCGUGCUGGACAAUUCACACAAAUGGUAUGGAAGUCAACUCAGGAAUUGGGCGUAGGAUUAGCAAAAACUCGCCGUGGUAAAGUAAUCGUAGUUUGUAACUAUCAUCCGCGGGGUAAUACCGUUGGUGAGUUCAUGGCAAAUGUACUGCGACCGCACUGAACGAUAUACAUACGAAUGUGUGUGCUUUUAAGAAGGAAACAUGUAAGGACUUAUAUUGAAAUGAAAAGGCUGUUAUUUACUAUUUUUUCAUGUAAAUUGGUCGAAUUUAAUACUUAAAAUCAAACAUUAUCUAAAUUUUAAAAUUAAACACUUUCCAACUAGCUAUAAUGAAUUUAAAUUGCGCGCCCAUUUGAGCAACGGCAGUAUUAGGUGUAGUUCAAAUUGUUUUACAAUUUUACCUACUUAGACUAGGAACAACAAAAUGAGCUUGAAUAUUUGAAUAUUGUCUAAAACUACACUCUAAGCAUUUUGAGUUUGCUAAUGGUGCAUCGAAACAUCGCCUAAGUAGCUUUUUUACCAAUAUAAGUGAAGUUGAGAUGAAGUUGAGAUUGUGGUGGGCAACAGGGUUACUUUCCUCCACUAGGUAAAUAAUAGCCAUCGAAAUUAAAAUUAAGUCGAAAUAGACUCGCAUGCAUAAUAAAAAUAGCAUGCGGUUAGAAUUGUUAUUGGGAACAAUUAUAGUUGUCCUAAAAACAGCUCAUCUCGCAUGAUUAUGGCGGGAUGUAUUUCUGCAUGCAUUUCGGAAGUGCUUCCUCUACGUUGAAUCUUAGUCAGAAAUUGAUAGCAUCUUAUUGAUUUUAUAAUUUCCGAUAAUUUCCGCGGCGAAAGGUCACUGCUACCGCUUGCAUCGUACAUUGGGCUACAUUUGUAUAUGUAUGCGCCAGGUCCAUAUUUGUGGUUCAAUUGAAUUUUUGAUAUUGAAUGAUAAAAUGUCCACCAGUUCUUGUCCAGUAGAGUACGUGUUCUGAAUCUGUUUUAAAACUUUCAUGGAUUAAUUAAAUUCAAAAUUUUGUUUAUUACUUUUGAAUUUUAUUUUAGUUUUUACAUAACGGGCAUGUCUAUAUAUAAUCAAACAUUGUUUUGGAAUGAGUAACAACAGUUUUUUUCGAGCAGUGAAGGUAAUUCAUUGUAAACACGAAUUAAAAUCAGAAGAACUUGGUUCAUGUGUUUUGGACGAAGUAUGAAAUACUUUUAGUGAAAAUUUUACAGUUUGGACAAAAACUAGUACGGAUAUAAUAAAAUUCUGAACAAUCUACUGUUAAAUAUUUUCUUUUCCAUUUUUAAUAUUUUUACUUGUUUUGGUAGAAAAAUAUUGUCUUUCGCGACACGUUUUGGUAAUGCGCGUCGUAAGAAUUCUAAGUCCUGAGAACAAAUGAACGUUUAAACAGGAGAAUAAGAAAGAUCUGCCAUCAAAUUGUAUUUUGAUUUGUUGAUUUCUCUCUUUGUUUCUUUGAGGACGUGCAUUGACUUCGUAAAAAACGUCUCUAGUUAUGCUCUCUCAAAUUUAGUAUUGGUGAAAUUUGAAUAUAGAAAUACUAAAACUUAUAUAAAUGAGAGAUAGAAAUAUAAGGAUACAACGUCGAGAUGAUUGCUAGUUCAGAAUUUAUUCUCCUGAGGACUCCAUCAAAGUAUGGAAGAAAAUGCAAGACUCUAUUCAAUGCAAAUGUAAUACCAACAUUUUAAGCAAAAAUCUCUAUAUAGAAUUUAUAAAGCAACUAAGUUUAUGAUAGAUUGUAUUAACGCAUUUCCAACUUGUAUAAACGCACUUCCACUUCUCCCCGUUUACAAAUCUUUUCUGCAAACAUCGGAGCUCAGGGUUUCGCUAACAAAUCCGCUGACAUACUGCUCAUGGGAUAGUAUUCAUAUUGAAUGAUUCGUCUGUCGAUAUAGUCCUUUACAAAGUACAUUUUGGUAUCAAUAUACUUUAUUAUGUUGGAGAAUGGCCCGCUUUUGAGCAUAUUGUUACAGCUUCAAAAAUCGCGGUAGGUCCUACCAUUGCUGUUUUAUAUUUACCUACAGUUUGCUAAGCCAAAAAAUUGCGUGAUAUCGUCUUAAUCGUGGAUAAUGCAGCCCUUGUUCCCUGCCAGCUCAAUGAACCAAACCAUUAUUAAGGUAAAUUAUGUACCCCUUUCUUGUGACCCGAUUCUCAUCCUAGUUAGCACUCGCAUAGGCGAUAAACGAUCUUUCACUUUUUCUUGUUUAUUCAUUUUUGCGGCUCUCUGACCUAAAAUGCUGAUACUGGCUGUAGCAAACAAGAAGACUAUACACAGAAGCCUUGAAUUUUUAAGGGAUCAAAAAGAUGACGUCCGAUGGACCAGCUUCUCGGUCAAGGCCGCAGAUGCGUUCUGCGCAUCUUCACUUAGAUGUAUUGCUUUUCGCUUGUAUGAUGACGUGAUGGUGUUGAGGCACCUUUGGGUUUUAUCUCCUGUAUGUUUUCUUCUAGCACCGCUUGAUUUCAUGCUCGGGUCGCCUGCUCCAAUCUAUAGAGACGAUUUUUAAAUGAACACACUUGGAUGAAAAUUUGCUGACAAGAAGGUGCUGCUUAUAAAUAAACUCAAAACUACCGUGCUGUAUAAUAAAAAUAAAACUAGGUACCUUUCUCCUACUACAAUAUAUUUUAAUAGUUACGUAUUUCGAGAGCUACUUACUCUCUUCCUCAGUACUUAAGGUGGCUGUGGGGUGGGCUCUUUGGAGAGUGAGUUAAUCCAAUUUAAGUGAUUGUUGGUAUGGUUUUUGCAAAGCUUUUUUUUUUUGAAGAUUUUGCUUAAGGUAAGGGUUUUUCUGAACUAAGCAUGCGAAAACAAUUAUAUUUCCAAGCUACAGUCUUCAGCAUUUAAGCUAAGGGAUAAAUUAAAAACCGCAUAUACUGUAGUCUUCCCUGUCUUCAAUUGUACAUACAAUUGUCCUAACGUUUCCAGUUACGUUGUUUGUGGAUGCCAAGAUUCCCUUUCUUUGCCAUACAUGAGUAUUGUAGGCUGCUAUCAAUCAAGAACUCAGCAACACUAUUAUUUUGAUAUAACUUAGUAGUUUAAUUGCCUCAUUGUUGAGUUGUUUGCAACUCACCACCCCGAGUGUAGCGGCUCAUUGUAUUCAUUGGCCCCGGUCUAAUAGAAUCCGCAGGGUUUCCUUUAUGGAAGUGAUGCUAUCCGAUGCAAGUCUUGCAUAGCUUACUCGGUACUACUCGGUACUCUCGGUAUCAUCUUUCAAUAUUCCUAUUCUGAAUAUUUAGUUAGUGAGCGGCGGACUCGCUUCCGCACUAUGACCUUACCUAUUGCCUUCCAAUUGAUUUCUCUAGUAUAGAAUUUUCCUGGUUUCCAAGCUUUGAAACUGUCCUAUUUCGACUUUCUUCUUUCUUCCAAAUAUUCAGCACUAGUUUAGACUCCCACUGUAAAAUACUCCACACUUCUUCCAUUCGUGUUACAUUCACGUUCAGUUCGGCCUGUCAGUUUCGCUGGAAGAGCCCGAAAUGCACUUGGUGGUCAGUUGAACUGAGCGCACUAUCCACGUUCCGGCAAGCCGCAACAUUAUUAAUUCAACUCUAGACGUAGAAGCCCUUGAGACAAAAAUUUGAGAUAUUUUGGUGUGUGAGCAUUUAUCAAAAAUUUUCAUUAGCAAUAAAAAUGUCUGUAAAAUGUUCGUUUACAUCCUAAACAAAUAAGAAAUCCUCGCUCACAGUCUAAACAAAUAUAUCUGGCCGGUUGGCCGUAUCACUUUUCAUUCGAUCACCGGCCUCCUGAACAGUCAAAGCUGACAGACCAACCGCAUCCCAUCCACGUUAUGGCCACCGGUCAAAUGCGGACUCUUCAGGCGUAACUGGCAGGCCGAACUAACCGUAAAUGGCGGGCUUUAGGUUGCAGGCCGGAGCUAAUCGUAGUAAAUUGACACGUGAGACGAUAUUGCGCAGAGGGUUUCAUAAAUUUCUGUGCGAAGUCAAAGGAGGUGAUGAAUUGACUUUUCUUCUAAUAUUAUUGGGAGGCUGUACUGCAUAGACUCAAAAGGUGAUUCGAAGUUUAUCCCAAAGUUUGGUGUAUUUUGGUCUCUGUCAUCUGUUCUUAUGGUUCCCAGUUAUUUUAAACCAUUUCUCGCCUUGGGGAGAUUGAACCUUCUUUCGCUAAAGGAUUCGAGAUUUUAUUUCUCGUUAAGUUGCGGCGUUGGAUGGCUAGAGUAGUUCCACUGUAUUAAUCUAAUUAUAGAGUUCAAAUGAGUUCUGAAUUCCUGGACGAAGUUUGAGGUAAUAAAGCGACUGCUUAACGCCUUCAAAGCUGCCUGGCUAUCGUUGCAGAUUAAUUCAUUCGCCAUACAAUCAUCCAGAUUGUUGCCCUUAGGAUCGCAUAUAUAGUACACAUGCUAUGUGUUACUCAUAUUUAAGGUAUUAUUUCAGUUUCAACUAGGAUCAUCAACUGCCUGUUAAUAGUUUUCCUAUGAAAUCAGAUCAGGAGAAAAAUAAUGAUUCAGUUAGUACCAUCUUACAAAAAUUUAAUGAAUUGUUGGAAAUGUCAUGAGCCAAAGUAGUAAAAUCUUAUUUUUAAGACUACAUUAGUUGGGUAAAUUUCCUAGUAUAAACCAAUAGGUAAGGAGAUUGAAGUGUUGCCCACCAUAAUCGUUGAAAUCCAUCUAAAAUUAUUUAGCAGCUUAUGUCAACACGCACAGUACUUUCUACUUCUGUUUUAUUUUUAUAUUCUUUGUAUUUACGCAAUGAAUAAUAAUGAAUGAAAUAAUGUCAAAAAUACUUGAAAUCAUAUUUAUACUAUUAUUAAUAUUUCUGGAAUAUUAAUAGCUAUAAGGCAUGCAUUUUAUAUAACAUAUUAUCAUUAAAAGAAGUACUAUUUGACGGUUGGAGUAUAUUUUAAAAUUCCAAUUAAUAUAAGUGAAAAUAUGAAGAUGGUUGAACAAUAUGGAUUACCUGGAUACGCCUACUACAUUUCCGUGUAACCGUACAUGAGAAAGAAUAAGUUAUGUUGUGCCAUUUAAGUUUUUUUAUCAGUUAACAAAGAGGGAACCACGAAACUUUUCCAGUUUGCAAUAUUGGCGCAUCGGUACUUUCAUGUAUUCAAAGUGUUCCAGAACACAAUGUUAGAUAAUCAAUAUGAAAAAUGAAUAGUCCUAAUCAAGCGCCUUCAAUAGAAUUGAACGAAAUAAAUCUUAAGAUAUGUAUUAGAAAGUAAACACUAUUUUUUGCAUAAGCUUUACAUAGAACACAAAACAAUUAAAGAAUUUAAUCAAUCAAUAGCCAUAAAGUAGGUUUUUAUAUAUGUUUCACCCUUUUCACGUAUUUAAGUAAACUAACCACAGAUCAAUGAAAUUGGGUUUGCAAAACUAUCCCAGGACUCCUGAAAGUGCAUAUUCAGUCAGCCGCAUUUGAAUUUACAAUCAUUAAAAAGAAUGAAGAUUUGUUAUUUAUCCAUUGAUAACGAAUGAACUUAACAAAAAGACUUUGAAUAAAUCGCUUUCUAUCUUUUGAAUAUCACCCUAGGUCAGCAUUAAUUUGGACGCUUAUUAAGUGUUGUGUGCCUCAAAUGCAUGGCACAACCUUAGAAAGUCAGAGUCCUUUUUUCACAGCUAGAUUACAGUCUCAAUUUCAUUGAUUUACGGCAAUCAGUCAACCUCAAAUAUGUAACUCCUCUGGAUUAUGUCACAAUAAGAGCGAAGCGAAAUAAAAGAAACAAAAAGUUACCAUACACAAUAUAUAUACGUUUUGUACCAUCUAUAUACACAUCUGUUAACACCAAACCAUUAUAUAAGGUUUACUAUUUUUUUUAUUACGUAAUUAACCUGAUAAUUUGGUAGGAUAGGUUCAGUCUGUGACUAUUGAAACGUUUUAUAUGACUGUAAUCCGCUGUAGUACCUCAUACACACAUAGAGAAACUUAAAUAUUUGUAGAUAAACCAAAGUUAGUUCUAAAAACAUCAGAAAGGGGAAAUUGUGGAUAAAGAAUCUUGAUUAAAUUCGAUUUCAAUUACACGUGCAUAUAUUUAUAUGAUUACUAUUAUUAUAAUCUUAACAAUCUUAUACUAUCUAGAUUUUAGGAUUAUAUUCUACAACAUAUGUAUGAUUACAUAUUAUUACCUAUAUCGUUGCCCAGUGCAUUUGAAUAUUAUUAUUCUUUCUAUCGGAAAACAGUUUACAUAAAUUAUGAAUGUAUUUUGUUUUAUUUAACAUCUGGGGAUUUUUGAGAAUAAAAAUUAUUAAUCAGCAAAAAA